GUUUUCAUUAAUAUCUGCUGAUAGCACGAAUCUUAGGGCAUUACGCUUAUUGGUAUCGGGGUGGCGUGUGGUCGACGCUGCUCAUAGUUUGAAAAAAAUUGGUGAAACUAUUGAUAAUAGUACAAUUAAGUGAAAGUGUUGUUAAAUAAGGAAAAUACAAAAAAGAACAAAUAAAAAUGACAUCAGCAACAAAAAAUACUAAAUCCGCUGGAAAGGAGCAAAAUCGCUUUGUUAAAUCGUAUCUCUUCGCCUAUAACGCCGCACAAGUAGUCGGCUGGAGUUAUUUGCUGUACCAAUUAGUCAACUAUUACCUGUUGCAGGAUGCUGGUUUCCGUGCUAGAACGACACUCUGGGAUUACACACGAAUGACAGUCAUUAUUUUCCAAAAUGCUGCUUUCAUCGAAGUCAUCAAUGCUGUCUUAGGCUUAGUAAAAUCAAAUCCUGUCAUCACAACUUUCCAAGUAUUUAGUCGAAUGAUGGUUGUAGUUGGUGUAGUGAUGGCCACACCGACUGGAAAAAUUUCACCAGGACUGCCAAUAGCACUUUUUGCUUGGGCUGUAACAGAAAUCAUACGUUAUGGAUAUUACGCCUUGAAUAUCGUCAAUUUCGUGCCACACAUUUUGGUAUUUCUGCGUUACACAACGUUCAUUGCGCUAUAUCCAAUUGGUGUGACUGGUGAAUUGCUGUGCUUCUGGUGGGCUCAAAGCUAUGCUAAACAACAUACUGUCUGGUCAGUUGAAAUGCCCAAUAAGUGGAAUGCAACAUUCUCAUACUUUGCUCUACUUUGGAUUGCCAUGCUGCUCUAUAUACCAGUAUUCCCGCAGUUAUAUUUGCAUAUGGUUGCACAACGCAAGAAGAUACUGGGCGGUGGUAAAGACGGCAGUAGCCCAGCGGUAAAUGCAGCCAAGAAAGCCACUUAACUAUGGUACGAUUUAAAUCAUUUUAAUUAUAAAUAAAAGCUUUACAAUAAUUUACUUUUAAUAAUACAAAACUUGUUGUUAUUGUUGUUAUUGAUGUUGUCGUAGUUAUUGUAAGAUUUUUUGCUAUUUUUUGCGUUGAUGUAUUAAUUUAUGCAAAGCCUAAGCAAUUUCGAAGUUUCACUAAUGAUUUUUGUAACCUCAUUCACCUUUGCACUCACUUAAGCGCUACUUUGACGUAUUUUUUUUUCUUUUUUAUCUAUUUAUUAGUAUAUAAGUAUAUUGAACUUUUAUUGGAUUUCUAUGCUUUCAUUUGUUUUU